AUGUUAUAUAAAUUUAAAGAAUAUUUUGUGAUUUAUUAAGAACAUUUGAAGAACAAAGAUCAGUGGAGAAUGCUAAUGGUGCUGAUAUCUGUCUAUUAAAUAUGCGACAUUAUUGCAGUGACAGGAGAUGCCAUAACCUUGGAUAUUGAAGGAGACAAAUACAUUUUGAUAUAUAGAAUAUUGGUAAUAUUAAAUUACCAUUAUAGACCCAAAUAUUUUUGAUAGCAUUCUUUGAAGUGUCACUGAUUAAAAUGAUCAAAAUAAAAAAUGGAUUUAUAAAUCUCAUGACUCUAUUAAAAUUCCUAUGCUUAGUCGUUUGUUGGGAAGAGCUCGAUUAUUAUGCAAAAUAAUAAUUAAUAUCGAGAAUACUGGACAAGUUUCUAAUUCUAGCAUGCUUUGUUUUUGCAAUAGAAUCGUAAGUAUGUUAGACAUUAGCAAUAAUCUUCAAUUUGGCUUAUUCAUUGUUAAGGAACUUUGAGUUUGAUUCCAAAAUGAAUGUCAUAUUCGGCACAAAGUUGAUUGUGAUCCAUCUCUUACUAUAAUUCCUAAUAUUGAUUGUCAACAAAAAGAAUAUUAAGAACAAUUUAAAUUCCUAAUUGGUAACCAUGGGUUUGAACAGUAAAGUGAGUUACACUUAAUUGAAUUCCUAGAGAUUAUCCAAUCCCAACAGGACACUUCAUCAAUUGUAUAUAGAUAUCCCAGAAAAUCGCAAUAUCUCACAAAUACCCCAUGAAUAGAAAUAGGAGGAUCAAUAAACUGAAUCAGUUCAAUAAGAUCAAAUAAACGAAGCCAUACUGUCCUCUGCAGAAUUCGGAAUCUAUCUUAUUGAUAAUCUGACUAAAAGUGUGUAGGUAAUAAAUCCGUAGUUGUCCAAUAUUAUUAUGAAAGAAGAUUAGCUGAGCACUUAGUUUCUUGAGACAGAAUUGUAUGAUUUCGGAUUGCUUAUUGAUGAGUCCUGUUUAUUACUGCCAAAAUUUCAUAGAAGUCAAGACAUUGCACAGUUCCUCAAAUUCACUGAAACCUUAGAGUAUUGUAUAACUUUAUAUUGUUGAGUUCCAUCUACUUUGGAGAAUAAUAUCGAAAACGAUCCUACUCAAACCAAACGUUUACAACUACUAACCAAAAAAAUCUCCUUCAAAGCAUUCUUUGAUAAUCUUAUUGCUUUCAAUCAUCUGAAAUUCGCAAACAAGCGUUCCCCUAUUGAUUUCUCCCUUAAAAUAUAUAUCAAAUUCGAUACUUGUUAUAUACAGAUUGUUUUGUAGCCAAUAAUCUAUAAACUUAAACCUUAAAUUGUGAUUUUUGUGUCCGACAUCACAGAGGAUCCUUACAUCACAUAACUGUUGAAUACUACUAAAAACAAUGACUUUUUGAUUAGUGACAUUUCCCAAAAGAUUAAGUAGCCUCUUAAUUGUACGAUAUCCAUGCUUGAAAUUAUCAUGGUAUCACUAUUCCUUAUUAUUAUAUAAGAACACAACUCCAUAGGACAUAACUGAAAAAUAUAUCAGUCCAGCACUUGCUGGCUGCAAAUUAUUAAUUAACACAGCUAAUGAUAUCCUUGAUUAUGCCUAGUUGCAAAAGAAGGAUAAGUUGGACUUAGUCUAGAUGGAUGUGCAGAUAUAAGAGUUCCUGACUGAUAUCAUCAAUGUAGUAAAAUCUUAAGCAAUUUUCAGAGGAUUAAAAAUAUCUGUUAAUAUUAAAUAGAAUGUUCCGUAAUUUAUAAGAACUGAUCCCAACAGAUUGAGAUAAAUCCUACUUAAUUUAUUAGUCACAUCUAUUUAAGCCACUGUCAGAGGAUCCAUAAUAUUUUGUGUUUCCAAAAGUUAAAUCCUUAAUGAGCAUAUUGACUUUGUUGUAAAGGUGAAGGCUAAUGAAACUAAUUUCUCCAUUCUUAAAAUAAUAGAGAGGACAGUUAGAUUCUUUAAGUCAUAAACUUUGAAGUCCAAGAUAUUGGAUCUUGGGAAUCUUCGACAGUAUUCACAAUCAAUUCUGAUUUCGUUUUAUUUAACAAAAUGUCUGUCUCAAAUUCCAUUCGAAUAUAAUUAUGAACGUGUGGGUAAUAAAGAAGAGUUUAGUUUUGUCAUUAAAAUCAAAAAUUUAUACCCAUAAUUUAAUUAGAAUUUGAAUAAGAAAAGAUUGUCAGAAUUUUCAAAUUAAUAAAGUUUUUAUCAAUAGUACCAGAAUAAAGAAGGCUUAAAGAGAUAUUAAUCUCAAAUGUCCAGUUUACAACCAGAGAAUUCGAAUAUCAAACUGGACCUCAAAGAAGCAGGACAAAAAUUUAAUAUCAAUAUCAUCCAAAAUCAAGGACCAGAACCCAAAGAAAAGGAAAUCCAAGAACAAUCAAAUGAAUCUGAUCAAAGUCCAUCUGAAUAAUAGGAUGAUGAAGUGUCAAUUGAGUCCAAGAAUGGCAUCUCUAAUAGAGUGGAACAAAUGCUAAAAAUCAAACCAUAUUUCUUUGAUUAUGUGAAUGAAACCUAAUAGAAACACGAAGGCAUGAGUUCUCAGCCAUCCCAACAACUCACUUUUGGAGGAUUAGGACAAGGCAGAUCCUCAAUAUAUUCUUCGUUAUGUUUUACUAGUGGAACCAUGUAACCCAAUGAUUUAUUGGAUUGCUUUGAGAAAAUGGAAAAAAUUAAAUAAUAAAAAAACAAAUCCAAUUGUAGAGUAAUUCUUAUUUUAAUAGUUAGUGUACUAAGAUAUUGAUAUGUGAGAGUGUCGAUCUUGAUCUUUACGCUUUAUCGCAUUAAUUAACUAAUAUAGGCAUUACAUAUGAGUAUAUAACUCAGAAAUCUCAAAUUGUGAGCGCUCUUGUUAAAUUAUUAAAUAGUGAUUUGUAAUAAUAGUAAAAUAGUAAUUAAUAAAAGUAGAAUAGUGAAGAUCAUUAAUUAAAGAUUAAUAAUGAUAAUUAAUAGCUGAAAAACAAUGAAAAUCAGCCAUGUUGUAAGGGAUUAUAACUUUUAUUCAUUGGAAUCGAGUAAUUCGAAGAAGAACUAUACACUUUGUUCAAUUCAAUAAAAGAUGUCUAUGCAGAGUUUAAAGUUGAACCCAGAAUCAUAGGAUUGAUUGGCUGUAUGGAUGAAGAGAACAGAGCCUUGACAAGAAAGCUUCCCUUUCAUGACUAUUUGUCAAAACCCAUAAUGAUUGAUGCCCUCCUCUUUAUUUUAGCAAAAUGGAUUAAAAUGAAUUGA